CCAGGUCUUGGUGUUGGUGGACUUGGUUCUCGUUCUUGGUCUCCAAUCCCCAAUAAUUCUCCGCAACAAUUUAACCUCCUCAGCUGUUUCUUAAAUUUAUUUACGCAACAGUAAUUUAUCUAAUAAAUAAAAAACAACAUAAAGAAAAAUAAAAUGUAUUGGCCAGUGUUAUCGUGUUUAUAAAAUUAGGUGCUAAAUUUAAAUGAAGUAAAUUUAAAUAUAAAUAAUCAGAGGUCACUUUUGUUAUCUCGUUAACGUCGUAUUAAUCAAGUGGUUAUUCCGUCGUCGUCUUGGCCAGUUUUAUAAAUUUAUCUAAUUUAAAUAAACUCAAUAUGUGCUUGAGCACCUACAAAAUCAGCUCAACAUAUUUAAAUAUAUCAUAUAUAUCUACCUGAUUAUUAUUAUUAUUAUUAUUAUUAUAAUUAUUAGUGCACUGUCAUAAGUGAUUGCGUACAAAGAUGAUUGUAUCAAACAAUUCAAUUGUCAGUUUAAUUAUUUCAAUUGUCCUGAUAAUAACAACCAGGACCUGCAAUGGAGCAUCGACAGACAUUGAGCUCGAUGCCAAAGCACAAUUUCUUCAUCGACUUGACAGUCUAAAUCUACUGUUCUAUACAUUUUUAUUAACGCUCACUGUCCUGACUAUCUGGACAUUCAAACAUCGCAGGCUGCGAUUCCUUCAUGAAACUGGUCUAGCUGUAAUCUAUGGUUUAAUUGUUGGAGCAAUUAUUCGGUAUGGAUUGAGAACAACGGAUGGAAAGAAUACAAUUAAUCAUAUGCCAGUUGUGCCAGAUGUUGAGCACAGCAAAUAUAAUCAAUCAGUACCGCCAGAUUCUUUGUGGCUUCAUUUUCCUGAAGACAAAGGAGGUGGUAAUAUUAAAAAUAAAACCUUUUCGUAUUCUUUUCGCGGUGAAAUAUACAAAGAAGAGGAGGAGAUUUAUUAUAUGGCUACAUUUGAUCCAGAGAUUUUUUUCAAUAUUAUAUUACCUCCGAUAAUAUUUCAUGCUGGCUACAGUUUGAAGAGAAGAUAUUUUUUCCGUAAUUUAGGUGCCAUUUUGAUGUUUGCUCUCAUAGGCACAACAAUAUCAUCAUUUGUUAUUGGACUUUUAAUGUAUGGAUUUUUCCAACUAGUACCAAAUUUAUCCGAGUCAUUUGUAUUUCUCGAUACGCUUUAUUUCGGAGCACUGAUAUCGCCAACAGAUCCACUGACAAUAAUAUCGAUAUUCAACGAUUUGCAUGUCGAUGUUAAUUUAUACGCGUUAGUUUUUGGUGAGAGUGUUUUGAAUGACGCGGUUGCUAUCGUACUGAGUGGAUCAAUUCAAAAUUACGGAGCAAGAUAUCAAACAGGAACUGGUGGUUUUGAAACCCUAGCAUUCUUCCAAGCGCUCAGUGACUUUAUACGUAUAUUCGGUUUAUCAUUAUUGAUUGGCGCAACGAUGGGCUGCAUCACUGCGCUUCUAACAAAAUUCACGCGGGUACGUGAUUUUCCGCUGCUGGAAUCAGCGCUAUUUGUCUUGAUGUCCUACAGCACAUUUUUAAUCGCCGAAGCUGCUGAUCUGACCGGUAUCGUGGCGGUGCUGUUCUGCGGCAUAUGCCAGGCUCACUACACCUACAACAAUCUGAGCACCGAGUCGCGACAGCGUACAAAGCAGCUCUUUGAACUGCUAACUUUCCUCGCCGAGAACUUUAUAUUCAGCUACAUCGGGGUCUCCAUGUUCACUUUCCCCAAACAUCGCUUUGACCCGGGUUUCAUUUUCGUCGGGUUCACUUGCGCACUGAUAGGCCGCGCGGCAAACGUCUACCCGCUGGCGUUUAUUUUGAAUUUGGCGCGAAAGCCGAAAAUUUCAAUGAACUUUCAGCACAUGCUGUUCUGCUCUGGUCUGAGAGGUGCCAUGAGCUUCGCUCUGGCCAUCAGGAACACGGUGUCUGAUGCACGACAAUCGAUGCUGACCACUACCAGUCUUAUUGUUAUACUUACUGUCAUAUUCCAAGGCGGUAUGACCACACAGUUUCUCAGUUGGUUCAAAAUUCCAAUUGGAGUAGAUGAGGAAAUUGAAGGUCUUACUUCGUCAGCGUCUGCAACUCAUGGGCAAGUAAGACACUCUAGUGGCGUCGACAGUGCAUGUGGAUUUGGUUGCAGUGGGAAUCUGCAGCUACACCGAGACCAAAGUCCUCCGUACAAUUCGAUGCAGGAUAAUUGCUCGCAGGGUGACGCCGGUAGUACAGGAGGCAGUGGUCCAAACUUGGCACACAAAUCAUCUUCCUCGUGGUCGCCGCCAAAUGAGAAAGCUUUUCUCGCAAGAAUUUGGGGUGACUUUGACACGCGUUACAUGAAGCCGCUUCUUACACACUCACGGCCGACUUUACUUGAAACUUUGCCGGUCUGCUGUACACCACUCGCAAGAAUUCUUACAACAGCUCAACAAUUAUCUCAGGAGGAUUUGAAUGGCGAAAGAAGAACCGAUUCAGAUUCCGAUUUAUGUCUAGCGCAUUCUCAGCACCGGGAUCAGGUAGGAGGGGGGGCAGGUGGUGAUUGGAAUACCGGAAGUCUCGAACCGGUAAGUUUUCACCAGUCAAAUUUAAAUUACACUGUUAAUCCGUGCUAUCAACCAAAUAACAACUCCGAAAUUCCUAACUCAACAACAACAACAACAACUGACGAACCCUAUGUUAUUCUUAACUUGCACAGAAGAUAGAUAUACCAUUGUUAUUGUUGCUAUUUAUUUUUAUUAUUAUUAUAAAUCAACUAAUUAUCAAUAGUAUUUAUUUAUUUAUAGUAAAUAUAAAUUCACCGUGACCAUAUAAACAGUUCUGUGUUAUGAUAAUUUUGUGUAUGCGUGUGUGAGAAAAAAAUUAUUGUAAAUUAAUUUAAAUAUUAAUACCGACAUUUAUUUAUUAUAAUUAUCAAGAUCUCUGGUGUGAGUUCUUGUAUAGGGUAAGAGUCCCAAUUGUUGACACUAAAAGUUUGUUGAAUAUUGAAAUUGUUUUGAACAUUUUCUUGGUCGAUGCUUCUGAAUUAUCACUCGUAUUUAUUGUUGAUAAAUAAAAUAUGAAUUUUGAAUUUAAAAUUUAAAAUUUUCGCGCCAUAUUAAUUCUAAUAAUUAAUUAAUUUAUGUCAUUAGACUAUUCAUGUUCUGGUUGAUUGUCACAGAGCCAAAGUUUGUAUUUUUUCUGAUAUUUUCAAAGACAUGAAUUUUUUUUUUUAUUUUCAUUUCAAACUUCACGGAGUGAGAAAAAUUUAUUGACAAAAAUAUAAAACUUUAUUUUCACGGCAUAAAAUAACGAAAAUGGAAUUCAAAAAACUUUUGUAUCAGGUCUUAAUUUCGAAAUUUGGCGGGAGUAAAUAAUUAAUUAAAAUAAAAUAAGUUCAUAUUUAGUAGCCUGUCAAUAAUUGGGUCUUUUAUCUCAUACACAAGAUAAAAAAUAUGUUACAGAAU